AUGACGUCGACGGAGAAGAAGGAAGGUUCAAGCUCCACCCCUAAUCGCAAAGUAUCGUGUACUGCUAGCUUCGACGCGCUUUGGUUCUGCUACUCCCCAGUUCAUCAAAUGCAGCAGUAUUACAGGGUUGGUGUUCUUGACAAUUGUUCCCGCCAAUGGAAAGCAAUGGUUGAUUGCUUAAUGCUCAAGACCAAAUCCUCAUCUCAUGUCCAGGAAGUUCUGGAAACUCAAGAGAAAUUAAAGUUAAAGUCACACAUUUGGACUUUUCGGACACCAGAAGAAGCUUCUUACUACUGGAAUGAACUUUAUGGUCAUUUGGACGAGCCUGAAUGA